AUGCAUAUUCUUAUAACUCGCCUACAAAAACGCCUGAUAAUUACGCACCAACCCAAUAUAAUUAUUCGGAUUUUGUUUUUCGCUUUCGUUCUUGAUUUUGCUUUCUCUAUUUUUCUCACUUCUUCUUCGACUAUUUUUCUCUUUCGCUCUCUCUCACUUCCCUUGACUCUUUCUUUCUAUUUACCUUUUCUGUUGUUUUUUUUUUCUGUAGUUCUUCCUCUUUUUCUGUCUCUAAUUCUUUCGCUUACUCAUUCUUUUUUCUAUUCUUCAUGUCUCUUUCAGUUCCUUUAUCACUGUCUUUCCACUUCUCAGGGCUUUUUUUUCCUGCUUUUCUCAUUUCUGGCUUUUCUGGUGAGGGAGAUGGAUAUUCUUAUAACUCGCCUACAAAAACGCCUGAUAAUUACGCACCAACCCAAUAUAAUUAUUCGGAUUUUUUUCCCCUUUCGUUCUCGAUUUUGCUUUCUCUAUUUUUCUCACUUCUUCUUCGACUAUUUUUCUCUUUCGCUCUCUCUCACUUCCCUUGACUCUUUCUUUCUAUUUACCUUUUCUGUUGUUUUUUUUUCUGUAGUUCUUCCUCUUUUUCUGUCUCUAUCUCUUUCGCUUACUCAUUCUUUUUUCUAUUCUUCAUAUCUCUUUCAGUUCCCUUAUCACUGUCUUUCCACUUCUCAGGGUUUUUUUUUCUCCUUUUCUCAUUCCCUUCAUUCGUUCAUCUUUUUCACACUCAUUCACUUCCUACUUUGCAUAUCUAUUUCGCGGUGGCUUACGGCCGCAUCGCGUUAA